UGCCUGAAGAGGAUGCUGUGACUUAGCAAGAUGGAAGGAAGACCCAUGUUACUCGCAGUGGUACGCUUGCAUUCCUGAGUGGUGGUGAUAGUGGUUACCAUAGUAACAUAUGCAGCUGUGUGAACAAUGCAGCAGCUCAGGACUUACGAGAUGACGGCAUGGCCCGUCCUCGUCCUCCUGCUGAUUAUCAGGACAUCGACACAGGAUCCGGAAGCAGCAGACGGCUUGGUGGAUUUACUUCAUGCAACACGGAUCCACAACCUGCCGCUAGGGGUGAACAAGACAACUGGUAUGUGUACGUCGCGCCCGGGGUCCGAACCCGACGUAGCGUACAGCAUCAGCGAGCGCACGAUCCUCACAGUGCAGACUGCUCAACUCUUCCCCCUGGGGUUCCCGUGGGACUUCUCCCUUCUGCUUGUGGUCAGCCCCACGAAAGGUGCGCGGCGGGCUGCAUUCUUCACCAUCUACAGUGACACUGGAGACGAGCAGAUUGCUGUGUCCCUGGGCGAUGACAUCACAUUAUUUUAUGAAGAUCCUGACACGAAACCCACCUCGAAGAAGACCAUCAGCUUCGGCGCUGAUAUUAGCGAUGGCAAAUGGCAUCGGCUCGGGUUCAGUGUAAAAGGAGAUGCAGCAACACUAAUUCUAGACUGCAAAAAACAGAUUACAAAAGAGCUGGUCCGACAGACGUCGUCGAAAAUUAGCACGACAGGGAUCAUUCUCAUCGGACAACAGCUUCUGGAUGACAUCCUCUACACGGGAGCCGUGCAACUGUUCAAGAUCUCCCCAACCCCCGACGCUGCGUAUGAAAUCUGCACUUCAUUCGCCCCGGACUGCGACACCGCCAUCGGCGCUACGGAGGCUGUAGAUGACAACAGAGACGAGGAAGAGGAGGACGAAGAGGAGGAUGAGGAGGAAGGAGAGGAAGAAAUCGAAGAAGACUUGUUUCAGAUCAAUGGCACCUCUGACCCACUCGUGGUUACCCAUGAGUACCAACAAAACAUUACUGGCGAGGAAGGUUCUGGAGAUGAGUACACAGGAGUUCAUGGAGGCGAUUCGAGAUACCACUACAUCACAGCAAGGGGCCCUGCUGGUCCCAGGGGCUACAUGGGUCCGCCCGGUGCGCCAGGCCCCCCUGGUCCCAAAGGGCAAAUGGGUAGAGAUGGCAUUGGUGGAAUCAACGGCAUUCCGGGACCUCCAGGCCACGUGUUCAUGAUACCGCUGAACGUGCAGGGAUACGAUAAAGGGCCGGACCAGCAUACGGAGCUGUUCAGACAAAUGCUCUCUCAACACAUGACGGCGAUGCGUGGCAGCGAGGGACCAAUGGGUCUGACUGGAAUACCAGGGCCUGAAGGUCCACCUGGCCCUGAAGGCCUCAAGGGAGAGCCAGGAGAUAUCGGAGAGCCAGGUCCUCGUGGUUUGAGAGGAAUGAUGGGACUUCCAGGGCGAGAAGGACGUCGAGGCCGUCCUGGAAGGGACGGAGAAAGAGGUGUAACUGGACCACCAGGAGCCAAAGGCGAGCAAGGGAUACAGGGUCUGCCAGGUCUGCCAGGCGAAAAGGGAGACAGAGGUCUAACAGGAAGUACAGGGGAACAAGGACUUCCGGGGCAUGACGGAAUGCAGGGUGAAGAAGGUCCACCAGGUUUACCAGGCUUGCCGGGAGAACUGGGUCCGCGUGGUUUUCCCGGACCAAGGGGAUUUCCAGGUUUGCCUGGCCCACCAGGCAUUCCAGGCAGCGAGGGUCCUGUGGGAGCUAAGGGCAACAGUGGGCCGCCUGGACAACCCGGACAACCUGGUCAGGCUGGUCCCGUGGGUCCAAUAGGUUCGCCGGGGCCUCAAGGUCAACUGGGUCCUCCUGGAUUAGCGGGCCCCCAAGGAAAACCGGGAAUACCUGGACUUCCAGGAGCUGACGGAGCUCCUGGCCACCCUGGAAAUCCCGGAAUGCCGGGUGCUAAAGGAGAUAUUGGCUCUCCAGGACCACAAGGACCUGUGGGAUUCCCAGGAUCGCGGGGUGUUAAAGGUGACGAAGGAAAGAGAGGGAAUGCAGGCGACAAAGGGGACAAAGGAGACAGAGGUGCUGAUGGUGAGAAAGGAGACUUAGGAAUGAAAGGAGAGCGUGGACCAAAUGGACCGCCCGGCAUACCGGGUUUAGAGGGUCCUGAGGGACCGAAGGGUUUUGAGGGGCCGCGAGGAGAGACUGGACCACCAGGACAGCCCGGCGAGAAAGGAAAAUUGGGCAUACCGGGAUUUGCCGGGUACCCUGGUCCUCCGGGCGAGAAAGGAGACAAAGGUUCCGAAGGCAAGAACGGCCAGCCAGGAGAAAAAGGAGAUCGGGGUAAUCCAGGACUUCCAGGCGAGCGGGGAGAGGCAGGCCCUAGGGGUUUUCGCGGUUCCAGAGGCAGAAGAGGACUCGAAGGGAUCCCAGGACCUAAAGGUGAUACUGGACAACCAGGCCCGCCAGGACCGCAAGGAGAGACAGGUCCUCAAGGUCCUGAAGGACCCCGAGGAUUUUCCGGACCUCAAGGCCCUCCAGGAACAAACGGAAAGGACGGAGUACAAGGACAGCCCGGAGAAAGAGGACCUCCGGGAGAGCCAGGUCCAACUGGGCCUGCCGGGGCGCCAGGAGUUGUCGGACCGCCAGGCCCUACUGGUGAACCUGGUCCCGUAGGUGAACCUGGAAUUCCAGGUCAACCUGGUCAUCCAGGUGAGCCAGGACAUCCAGGAGAAGCAGGCAAAGAGGGGCAGACAGGACCGGCGGGCCCACAAGGGAAACCAGGCCCUCCAGGUGGACCGGGAUUACCGGGAUUUCCAGGCGAGAGAGGUCUGUCGGGAUUACCGGGCAUGCCAGGUCUGAAGGGUGAUAUGGGUCCCAUUGGUCCUCCUGGACCACACGGAGACAAAGGACAACAAGGAGAUCCUGGCAAAGAAGGACCACCUGGGCCCGAGGGUAGGAAAGGUCCUCAAGGACCACCAGGACCUGCUGGAGCUAAAGGAGAGAGGGGCGAGGCUGGACUUCCGGGAGGGACUGGCCGCGACGGACUGCCAGGACAGAGGGGUCUUCCAGGGCCACCAGGUCCUAUGGGAUCUCCAGGAGAGGAUGGAGACAAAGGUGACUCUGGACCUCCAGGAGAAAAAGGCUUCAAGGGUUCAAGAGGAGAAACGGGACCUCCCGGCCCUCCAGGGCCUCAAGGUCCUCGAGGAGAACCUGGUGCUCUGGGUCCUCCCGGAGAGAAGGGUCCUCCUGGUGAGAUAGGGCGACAAGGAACUAAAGGAGAGGAUGGCCCUGCAGGAGUGGCGGGUCCUGCCGGACCAGCAGGUCCGCAGGGAAUACCAGGACCUCCUGGGAUGAAGGGAGAGAUCGGUGACAUUGGAGCCAAGGGCCCUGAGGGUCCUGCUGGUGCGCCGGGUGAACCUGGUCCUCGUGGGAGUAAGGGCGGCGAGGGGAUUCCUGGACCACCUGGGCCAGAGGGUCUACAAGGUCCAAAAGGAGACCCCGGUAAUCCCGGGCCACCAGGACCAACAGGCAUAGAUGGAAAACAUGGUGAGCGAGGACCCCCUGGACCAAAGGGAGAAGAAGGGAAACCAGGAGUCCAGGGGCCUCCAGGUCCAAGAGGAUCGGUGGGUCCCGAAGGCCCAAAGGGCAGUCCUGGUCCUCCGGGUUUCCCGGGAACUGCAGGAGAGCCCGGUUUAGUGGGACCGAAAGGAGAGCCUGGUAAAGAUGGAGCAGACGGGCGGCCAGGAGAUGCUGGUCCUCCGGGAGAGGCUGGGCCCCCGGGGAAGAUGGGGCCUGUUGGACCGCCGGGCAAAGUGGGAUCUGAGGGACCAGCAGGGCAGCAGGGGAGUACAGGUACUCCUGGUGAAAAAGGGGACAAAGGACCACCAGGACCUCCUGGUUUACAAGGACCGUUAGGACCUCAGGGAGUUCCAGGUUCUCAAGGGUCACCAGGCCUAAGAGGAUCUCCUGGUCCUGCUGUACCUGGAGGGGAAGGUCUUCCUGGGAAAGUCGGAGAGACGGGUCCGAAAGGCCCCAAAGGAGAUCGAGGUCGAAGAGGUCCUAAGGGCCAUCGGGGCGAAUUGGGGACAUCAGGACACAAGGGAGAUAUGGGAGAGAAGGGCGAGCGCGGCAUGAAGGGUCCCACAGGGCCAGAGGGCCCUAAAGGAGAGCCUGGCCUUCAAGGUCCUCAGGGACAAAAGGGUAGCGAUGGUCCACCUGGGCUACCCGGACUUGAAGGACCACCAGGACCGAAAGGCUCUGAGGGUGUCGGGGGAACAAAGGGCGAACAAGGACCUGCAGGACCUCCCGGACCUCCAGGUCCGCCCGGGGAAGCACCAAUGCUUCCCCCUGAACUUCUGUUUCAGCGCGAUACGGACCGCAAGAAGAGGGCCGUGAACCCAGAGAAAGAAAUAGCAAAGAAUAUAACUGAAGAUGUUGGAAAGAAGAACAAAUCUAAAAAGGGGGAUAUAAAAGAAGAUCUUGGUGGCAAGUUCCUGGAUAUGUACAGCUCCAUCUACACAAUGAGGCAAGACCUUGACAGGAUAAGGAAACCUAUUGGGACACGGGAGCAUCCUGUCAGGACUUGCAAGGACCUCUUCUAUGGACACCCUCAAUUUAAAGAUGGAUGGUACUGGAUUGACCCUAACUUGGGCAUGUCAGAUGAUGCUGUGUUUGUUUAUUGCAAUAUUACUGGGAGUGGGGAAACCUGUGUAUUCCCUGACAUGCAUUCCAGUCAUAUGCCCAACAUCCCUUGGAGGAAGGAAGGAGAUACGAAUGACUGGUAUUCAAAUUUACGAGGGGGAUUUAGGAUCACAUACGAAACAAUAGGAGUUGUACAGAUGACAUUCCUACGGCUGUUAAGCCAAGAGGCAUAUCAGAAUUUCACAUACACCUGUAUCAAUUCAGCUGCUUGGUUUAACCCGAAGACCAACAACCAUGACAUGGCAAUAAAAUUGCUGGGUGAAAAUGAGAUUGAAUACGGCACAGAGGGAAUAAGACCCAGUGUUCUAGUUGAUGGAUGCAAGACACGCAAGAGCAAAAGUGAGACAGUUUUCGAAGUACGUACAAAGAUGCUUGGCAACGUGCCUAUAGUCGAUUUCUAUCCAGUAGACUAUGGCUUACCACAUCAAGCAUUUGGGUUUGAGGUUGGGCCAGUGUGUUUCAAGUGACUGUGAAUCCACAACUGUAGACAUUUGAAACGGGCCCUAGAGUAUCCGACCAGUAUCAGAUCAAAGAUGUGAACUCAGUAAAAUGGUGUGCAAUGUGCAGGCAAUUAACAGAAUUUCAGUAUAUUUCCAUAACACACGUAGUCCAAAUAUAUUGUUCUAUUCUUAUCAGCAAGAUAUUAGGACCAAAAAAAACAAACAAUUAUUCAUACUAGUGGUAUAUAAAUUAUUUACAAAUGCUAUUACAUCUUUACACUUACUACUUAAUAAUGAUAGUUUAAAGGUGUUAGUGCACUUAUUUUAUGUGCAUUCCUCACAAAAGUGUUCAUCAAUGCUAAAAUGUCUAGCUUAUAUAUUAUUAAGACUGGAUGAUAUACUUAACUGGAAAAAAUCUCAGAAAUCAUUCACUGCCAUUUUAGAAACCUAUUUCAUAAAAUAAUCUUGUUAUCACAUAAGGAAUAUUAAUUUUUAAUAACAAUAUGAGUUGAUAAGUUAAGAAAUGUCCUCUAGAACUACAUUUUGUACAAAUUUUAUAAAAUAAUUCUGUAUUAAAACUACUUUUAAGAUC